AUGGAAGAAAAGCUCCAGGCGCAUCAGGUAGAGAUUGACCCGGAUUUUGAACCCCAGAGCCGGCCCCGGUCGUGCACCUGGCCUCUCCCCCACCCCGACUUCGCGGCGGAGGAGGAGGAUGGGGGCGCGGCGGGCGGCCCCCCGGCGCUGGCGGCCGGCAGCGCGGAGGGCGCCGAGAACGCGGCGGCCCCGACGGAGCGCAGAGCCGCCGCGGCGCUGCCGCCGCCCGGCGCGGAUGUUGGACAGCUCCGCAAGGCCAAGACCUCCCGCCGGAACGCCUGGGGCAACCUCUCCUACGCCGACCUCAUCACCAAAGCCAUCGAGAGCUCCCCGGAGAAGCGGCUCACCCUCUCGCAGAUCUAUGACUGGAUGGUCCGAUACGUCCCCUACUUUAAGGAUAAAGGAGACAGCAACAGCUCCGCUGGCUGGAAGAACUCCAUCCGACACAACCUCUCCCUGCACACCCGGUUCAUCCGUGUGCAGAAUGAGGGCACUGGCAAGAGCUCCUGGUGGAUGCUGAACCCUGAGGGUGGUAAGACUGGAAAGACACCCCGCCGGCGGGCAGUCUCAAUGGACAACAACAGCAAGUUCCUGCGGAUCAAGGGGAAGGCCAGCAAGAAGAAGCAGUUGCAAGUGACGCAGGAGCGUGGGGAGGACAGUCCUUCCUCCCAGCAGGCCAAGUGGUCAGAAAGCCCUGCUUCCCACGCCAGUGAUGAGUACGACGCCUGGGCGGACUUCCGGACGCGGGCCAACUCCUCAGCCAGCACAAUGAGCGGGCGCCUCUCGCCCAUUAUGUCCAACCAUGAGCCAGAUGAGUUGGAGGAGGAUGAUGGUACCCCGUCCUCUCCUCUGAUGUACCCCAGUCCCUCCAGCACCAUGUCUCCUUCCCUGAAUGCCCGUUGUUCUGUGGAGCUGCCCCGGCUGACGGAUCUGACUGGUACCAUCAGCCUGAACGAGAGCCUUGGGGAGAGCUUGCUGGAUGACUUACAGGAUGGCUAUAACAUGAGCCCUUCACAGCAGCUCCCCUCAGCUGCCCUGCGGCAACGGAGCUCCAGUUUCACUUUCAACUCCAAGUGCUCUACCAUGGGGGCUGUCACCAACACGUACUGUGGGACUAUCUACAGCCAGCCGGCCAUGAGCCUUAUGCGCCGCCUGCCCAUGCAGACCAUCCAGGAGAACAAGCAAGCCACCUUCUCACCAGUCAGCUCCUAUAGGAAUGCCUCACUGCAGGACCUACUCUCCUCCAUCUCCUACGCACACAAGGAGAGCAUGGUCCAGGCGGACCUGCCCCUACCACAGGCCAGCCCCAUGGUGCCGGCCCGCGGCCACAGACAGAACCCACUCCUGUGCGGGAGUGGGGAGCAGGGCUUGUCCUCCUACCCAGCCCACUCAGCUUCUCUCAUGAAGAGCAACACUUUGUACCACCCGUCACCAGCCAGUCACCACCCUGCGGUCAACACCAGUGCCUUAGCUAAUCCUGUCAGCCUUAUGAGCUUGCCCAGUGACACAUGUAGCAUGACAACCAUGCCGCACCAUGGGCAUCUGCAUUCCUACGCUAAUAACCAAGGGGCACACAUGAGCUUACUGGAUUCACUGCAGGGCCCCUACCCAGGGGCUGUCCACCCCCCUGUGUUGGGCCAAGACAGGUUCCCAGCAGACCUGGACCUGGAUAUGUUCAACGGGAGCUUGGAGUGUGAUGUGGAGUCAAUUAUCCUGAAUGACUUUAUGGACAGCGAUGAGAUGGACUUCAACUUCGACUCAGCUCUUCCACCGCAGAAUGCGCUCAACAUGCCCACACUACCUGGGGGCCCGCAGCCCACUAAUCAGAGCUGGGUGCCUGGGUGAUACAUGUCCAGACACUCACCACCAAGAAGUCACAAGGGGAACAUUGAGACUAACUUUUUUUUUCCUUUCUCUUCUGCCUUUAUUUGUUAAGAUGGGCUAGAGCCAUCGGUUUAAACUUGAGAUCAACACUAAACACAAACCAUAAGGUCAAAUAUUGAUAGAGGCAUAGGGCCUGGCCCCAGCCCCUAGCCAGCCAGACAGGAGUGGCUGGGCAUACCACAAAGCUAGUGCCCAGUCUGCUGGGGUUCGCUGCCUGUCAGGUCCUCCCACUAGCACUUGCUGGAGGAAGCAGGGUGAGCAGGCGGGAGAAGCAGCGAAAGCCAUGUGCAGUUCCCCAGGGCAUGCAUGGGGGAGCAGGAAGGAAAAGCCUUUCCAGACAGUUCAAAUGCCUCGCUGUACUGGUGAUGGUUUGAUUUCUCCUUGUGUCAGUUGUCCUUGGGCUGGGCGAUGGAGCAGUGAGGGCUGGUGAUGUAAGACCCCCUUAUAUGAGCACUGCUAGUGCACCCCUGUCUGGAAAGGGACCCUUUUCUCUGAGCCACCUCAGAAAAUUAAGUCUCCAAAUGGAAGUAUCAGGAGCAGGAAACCUGCUUCAGGGUAAGAGGCCUCACUACCAUCUAGAUCUGAGCUCUGGGAAGAUCAGCCCUCAGGCUCACACACCCAAGCCAUGUCCACUGUAGCAGUUUCCUUGUAUGGCUCCAGGCAGGUUUUCUUAUCAAAUAGGGAGAAGCAGGGGUUAGUGAUGGCAGAAGAGUUUGAACUCUGCAGCUGAAUCCAAGCGCUGCCUGCCCAAAGCACAUGUGUGCACAUUCUUGCAUGUGUGGUACACAGCUCUGUCUGCCCUGGCAGACACACAGAGGCUGUGUGUGAAUGUGGUCCUGCUGGGAGUGACAUGCUGCUAGCCUGGAUCCCCUGUGGCAGAGGCAGGCCAGGGGGACCUCACAAGGUCAGGUGGGGUGGUGGUGGUGUGUAUUUAUUUGAUUGCAUACACUCUUCUGCCAUUGAGUUGCUGCAUUGAGAUGAAGAAUCCAGCUUAGGGAAAGAGGAGAAGAAAGCCUGUGGGCAAUGCGUCACAAGUCCCAUCUUGGCUCACCCAUGGCUUUGGGUGUUUGGUGCUGGGGCUUUUAAUGUAAGUUGGGGGACCGUGAUGUUGCUCAUCAUUGGCAAGGGUGCUUAUGUGUGUGUAUGUAUGUCAGGAGGGAAGUUGUGGCCAGACUUCUAGAGAGAGCAUAGUGUUAGUCCUACUACUCAGGAGGGACCCCAGGAUUGCUCAGCUAGCAUGACCCACAGUACUUGCCUCCAUGCUCCUGGAGGUCUUUAACUGUUCCAAGAGUGAUUCCAGCCAAUAGCCACCAUCCCUGUCCGUGAGGGCUCACCACCCUGUACCUGGGCUAACAGGAGAGCUGGUAAGGGCAGAGAGGCCAAGGAAGAUGUCAGUAACAGCGGGCCAGCCCCUAACCUGCAGACACCUUAAUUCAUCAGUCUGAUGAGGGCCAGUGCCUUGUGGGGACUUGCACCAUGAGACAAACAUGGCUUUGUUGUAUGUUGGAAGCCCAAGUCUGCCUCACACUGUUUUGCAGGGCAGGGAUGAACUAGAGCUCUGGGCAUAUGGACUUGUUGCCAUCUUGCACAACUAGGGUGAGGGCUCUCUGCUCUGGGGCAGCGCAGCUGUUGAUGCAUCAGGGACUUUGCCCUGGUCUUUCUAGUGGGCCCCCAGGCAGCCUCACGGGCAGCUGGAGAGGACGUGCAGGGGCUGGGAGGAGAGGGCUCUCUAUCCUAUCAGGCUCUCUGUACAGCCCAUCUUCCUUUUGGGCAUCACAGACUUUCACUUAACCCCCCUGACCCUGAAUUGCAGCAAAGGUUAUUCUACUGGAUUGACAUGUUUCUCCUGUCUAGUUCUUCCUUUCCCAUUGCAGCACCACUUUGUGUAUGAUGGUCCAGGCACUGGGUCCCACUGAGCCAUAGGGGAAGCACAGCUGCUCAGCCCUGGGGCAGUGUGAGACCCGCAGAUGGGUAUCCCUCACACUCCCCUCCUGACCCAUGGCUGGUGUCUGUCUGUGGCAAAGUGUGACAGAGGAGCCCCAUGUGCCACCACUCACCUUCGCCCCGGGCACACAGAGGGCAUAGUCUCUAAAGACAUUCUUACAGGUUAAUUAUGUUUACAUUAUUUGAUCAUGUACAGAAUUUAAUAUAUUCUAUUAUAUAUAAUCUUUCUUGAAUGCUUUUUUAAAAAGGAUUAUUCUUUGGUCAAGAUCAUUACUGCAUUUGUUUUAUACACCACCUCUUGUUUCAGGUAUAUUUAAAUCAUUGGAAACCCAUUACAACUUCAAGCGACUAUUUAAUACCUAGCACCCCAGCUCUGCACAUGGGGUGCAAAGGACUGUUAGUGAAGAAAGGUAGGGAGGGCAUAUGAGGCUGCCAUGGGAGAAAGGGUGUUUUGCCUCCCAAACACGGAAGAAAGGGAAGGAGCCCUGACUCUCCCAAGCAGCUGAUCUUCAGGCACACUUCUAGCAGCACACCAGCACGCAGGGCAGCAUGGGUGAGUUGGGGCUAACCCCAGUGAUCAGGUUUUGCAAAUGGGUUGAUUGGAGGAGCCAGCUUCAGGGCCUCCUUUUCCACCAUAGCAGGUCCCCUGCUCUUGACAGGGCAUUUUUUCUCCUGCUGCUGGCAGGAAGCUGAGCUCUGACACCAAGUUGCUUAGGUGCAGGGACCCUCAAAAGUCCCAGAGAGCCCUUUGGUGUCACAGAUAUGGGCUAUCCAUCGAUGUGGAGGGGAAGCCAUAUUAGCAGUAAGAGAAAAGCCUCCCUGUCCCGUGCCUGCCCUGCUCCUCCCUGCUCACCUCACCCUGCCCCGCAGUGUGGUGCACCUGGGCAUCCACCCCCAGGGCACAUCUUAUUGCAAAGGUGUCUUUGUGGUUUGUGACCGUGGGGUUGUUGUGUGUGCGGUGGAGUCGUGUUGGUAAGCGUCAUGUGUACAGUUGUCGUGCAGUGCGAGGGACAGCGGGCAAGGGGAGACAGGAAGCAGGCAUAGAUCACUGCAGGGGGAGGUGAGAUGGGCUGGCCCCGCAGCUGUGGAGGAGAGCAGAGCGGAGGGGCUGGGGCAUGCCUGGGCUACGGUGCCUGCAUACCCUUGCAAGGUCAUGGCGCAGGGUGAUCCACCUUACAGGGAGCCAUGCCCCGGCCCCGUGUCCAGCACAGGGACAAUGUGGCUGAGCUUUGUGCAUAUGGGCCCGGUAGGUCUCACACAGGGCCUCGGAGGCAGACGGCUUAGCCAUUGCCUCUGUGGCUCUCACCAUGCUGCUCUUGGCAUUGCUAGGAGCACAGAGAAGGGGAAGCCAGGACUUAAUUCCACUGUUUCGUGGGGAUGGAGCCAGUGGCAGAGGCUCAAGCUUUCAUGGAAACAGCUCCUGAAGCACAGGCCACCUCAUGCCAUCUCUCUUGGCUUUGACCUUCCCACACUCUAUCUCCCCCUCUCCUUCCUAGCCUCUGCCAGCCCCGUCCAUCUCUGUUGGCCCUGUCUCUGCCCCACAGGACAGCCUUUAGGGGUAGGAGGUACCCGCCUGCUCCCGGUCCUGCUCCCAGUGAGCCUGAGUCCUGCCCGGAGCAAGGAGCCAGUGCUGAGGGGACACUGAAGGGGCCCCACUGGAUUGCUUCAUAUGGCAGUUUCAGUUCAUUCUUUCCCUCGUAUUUAUAACUGUACAGACUUGGGGGGAGGGUCUCUGACAGGCGUCAUCUCUCACCACACAUCUAUCGUAGGCAAUGGUAACUUUCUUGAUUGUGCUAUUAGAGUUUGUGUAUGUGGCAAUGUAAAGAACUGUGUAUAGUGCAUUGUACAGCAUAUUUUCAUGAAUAAAAUUGUUUUAAAUAUUACAA